UCUUUCCUGGGGGGUUGGCCCUCAAAGUGGACAUGGUAAGGCUCACUGUUGAUUAGGAGGGGAGAAGGGGGACACAGCUGUGGGUACUUCAUAGAACACACUUGCCUGUCUCGGCUCCUACCACAAUGUGAUGCAGACUCCUGUGUGUGAAGGCCCUGGGUUUCAGGCCGUCUAUAGCUGAAACCUAUGGUUUGAAGGUCUCAUCUUGAAAAGAGGAGAACCCUGGACACAAUGAGGUUUUCUGUCCCCAUGGAGUAUGCCUGGUAGCAUGGGCCCAGUGAGUCUUUGUCCGUGACCCGUCCCUUCGGUUCCCACCCCUCCUGCCUUCAGGUCACUCCGCAGUCGGGUCUGGGAGCAGAGGACGAGCUUUUCUCGCCGGACUCGGCCCCAGACCCCAUCUGUGUGGCUGUGACGUCCGCUUCGCCCCGCCCGCUUUGGGUGGUGACGCGGGGGUGGACACGCCCCCGCGCUUACGUCACCAGCCCGGUUCCCUCUCCCGGGAGCGUUGGCGGACGCGCGGCUCCCACCCCCUCCCCUCUCACGGGCUCUCCCCUCCCCGGUGGCGGCCGCGGCCCGACCCUCUGCAAGGCGAUGGCCCGGGCCCCGAGCGCGGGCUAGCGUGCCUGGGUGCCCGGCCAUGGGCUGUAUCGGCUCUCGGAGCCCGGCGGGUCAGGUGGCCUCGGAUCCGGCGUGGGCUGUGGAGUGGAUCGAACUUCCUCGGGGCCUCUCUCUAUCUUCCUUGGGAUCUGCUCGGACCCUCCGAGGCUGGAGCCGGUCCUCCCGUCCUUCCUCAGUGGACAGCCAGGACUUGCCAGAGGUGAAUGUUGGAGACACAGUCGCGAUGCUGCCCAAGUCCCGAAGAGCCCUAACUAUCCAGGAGAUUGCUGCGCUGGCCAGAUCCUCCCUGCAUGGUAUUUCCCAGGUAGUGAAGGACCACGUGACCAAGCCCACUGCCAUGGCCCAGGGCCGAGUGGCUCACCUCAUUGAGUGGAAGGGCUGGAGCAAGCCAAGUGACUCGCCCGCUGCCCUAGAAUCAGCCUUUUCCUCCUAUUCAGACCUCAGUGAGGGUGAACAAGAGGCUCGCUUUGCAGCAGGAGUGGCCGAGCAAUUCGCCAUUGCAGAAGCCAAGCUCCGGGCAUGGUCAUCAGUGGAUGGGGAGGACUCCACCGAUGAAUCCUAUGAUGAGGACUUUGCUGGGGGAACUGACUCAGACAUGACUGGGCAGCUGCCCCUGGGGCCCCACCUCCAGGACCUCUUCACCGGCCACCGAUUCUCCCGGCCUAUGCGCCAGGGCUCCGUGGAACCCGAGAGCGACUGCUCGCAGACCGUGUCCCCAGAGACCCUGUGCUCUAGUCUGUGCAGCCUGGAGGACGGGUUGUUGGGCUCCCCGGCCCGCCUGGCUUCCCAGCUGCUGGGCGACGAGCUGCUCCUCGCCAAACUGCCCCACAGCCGGGAAAGUGCCUUCCGCAGCCUGGGCCCAUUGGAGGCCCAGGACUCGCUCUACAACUCGCCCCUCACAGAGUCCUGCCUUUCUCCUGCUGAGGAGGAGCCAGCCCCCUGCAAGGACUGCCAGCCGCUCUGCCUGCCGCCAGCGAGCAGCUGGGAACGGCAGCGGCAAGCCUCUGACGUAGCUUCUUCUGGGGUGGUGUCCUUAGACGAGGAUGAGGUGGAGCCAGAGGAACAGUGACCCAAAUCAUGCCCGGUGGUGGCAUGUGUCCCCUGGCCGCUGCUGGGGGCAGAGCCUCUGUGCCCAAGCACGGGCGAGGCUUCCAGCAGAGCUCCAAAGCCUGGAGGGCUCCUGGGAGCACUCACUCCUCCAUUGUGUGUUUGCAUGAAAGUGUUCAGAGGAGGCAGGGGCCAGGCUGGGGGCGCAUGUCCUGCCCCCACUCCUGGGGUUUGCCGGGGGUUGCCCGGGGCCCCUGGGGCAUGGCUACAGCUGUGGCAGACAGUGAUGUUCAUGUUCUUAAAUCAAAACCACCACGUGCACAUUUCCCCCUUGGGUGAUGUGAACCCCUAUGGGGGCAGCUGUGACUGGGCUGUGUGGGGUGGAGCGGGAGGGAGCCCUGCCUCCCCACCCCCUCCCCCUGCCUCUCCUCUGCUUCUCUCCUCACCUCCGAGUCCAUGUGUAGUGCUUGACAGAAUUGCCCCCGCCCGGGGUGGGGGGUGGCUCUGACCCUCCUGGAGCCUCUGGAUUGAGCUGUCCCCCCAAGGGCCCCUCGCCCAGCUGGGCUCGUGCUGUGCUUCACCUGUCCAUCAUCUCUAAAUCUUCUUUUUCCUAAAGAGGGGUCUUGGUCUGUUCUUUCAGUCGGAUCUUCUCUGGGAGGCACUGGAAUGAUGAAGGCCUGUACUCUCGGCCCUUUCCCUGGCCCCCCUGGCGGGGUCUGGGCCCUUUCCCAGCUACUUGUAGGACAUGUGGGCAGGGUCCUGGUGGCUCUCAGCCUGGGGGCUGCCCCAUUCACUCAACAGUUCUCUUUAGGGUGGAGCUGGAAGACGGGAUGGCUCUGGUUGCCACGGAGCCGUGAUUUGGAUGUUCUUCCAGAGAGGGCCACGAGGGGGCCACACAGGUGGCCGGGCAGCUGCCAGCAGGAAUGGUGCCAACGAGUGACAGUCAUGAGGGAGCGUCUCUCCUUGGGGAGGAAAGAGGGUAGUGCCUUUCUUGGCUGAACAAAAGGCCAAAGCUACCUUACUGGGGGACUGCGCCCCAACCAGGGUGUUGAUGGCAAGCGGUGGUGGUGGCCUCUGCAGACCCUGCGUUCCACGGACAGCAGGCUCUGGAGUUUUAUGGCUGUCGGGGGGGUGGGUGGCUGCUGAAUGUGGAGCCUUGUAGGCUUUGGCAGGUGAGAGGGCCCAAGGUAAGAACAGGAGCCGGUGGGCACAAGCAUUCUACAUAGAAGUGGCUCAUUAGGUGUUUAUUUUGUUCUAUUUAAGAAUUUGUUUUAUUAAAUUAAUAUAAAAAUCUU